UCAAGAUCAAGGCAGGCCAGGUGCCAGCCCACGUAAACAAACCCGGUGUGGCAGGAAGGACUCAUAGGAUAUAUGGGAUCGUCGAAGCCCGAAAACAACAACAACAACAAGAGGUGACAAAAAGAGACAACUCAACAACAACACAGAGAGCAAGGUGAGCUGUUCAUCGCUGCUCCAUCAAGAUAAUCAAAAUGGCUCCCUCAGCGCUGUCAUCAGAGGUUGAGAAGAGGGUGAUUCAGUUGUGUGAGGAGUUCAAGCAAGGCAUCAACUACCAGAUCAUUCAGAACGACAUGCCAGAGCUGAAGCAGGAGCAGGUGGUGGAUGUCAUCAACAAGCUGCUGGCAAAUAGCCGGAUUGACAUGCUGAAGAAGGAUGACGGAGCGCUGGUGUUCAAACUGAGAGAUCCCGGCAGCCUCCACCGCAUCAAGGGAGCUGAGCCAGAGGAGCAGGUGGUGUACAAGAUCAUUGAGGAGCACGGCACACAGGGGAUCUGGGCACGGGAGAUUCGAUCCAAGAGCAACCUCCAUCUGAACACAGUGGAGAAGGUGCUCAGGAAACUGGAGAGCAAGAAACUGAUCAAGAGUUUCAAUUCAGUCGCUGCUCCAAAAAAGAAGACGUAUCUGUUGUAUGACCUUGAACCUGAUCGCUCCCUGACUGGAGGCGCCUGGUACUCAGACCAGCACUUUGACUCAGAGUUUGUGGACAUUCUCAACCAACAGUGCUGGAGGUUUUUGGAGCAGAGGAUGGUGCGGGCCAGGCAGGUGGCAGGUGGCCCCAUCGCAGUGAGGAAUGCUUCUUACAUCUCCUCCAAGGAAGUCCUCAAACACAUCAAUGAACUGGGCAUUACUAAGGUCCAGUUGAGCAUUGACGACAUAGAGACCAUUCUGGAGACCCUGGUGUUUGAUGGGAAGGUGGAGCACUCUGUUGCCUCUGACGGUUCCCAGGGACUGAAGCUGUACAGGGCUGUCACUUCCUUCCUGCCAACACCUUCCCUCAUGACUAUACCCUGUGGUGUGUGUCCGCUGAUCAAGCAGUGUGACGACGUGGGGGACGUGACACCCACCAAGUGCCGCUACAUGAAGGAGUGGCUCAAGCUGGAGUGGUGAGGUGCAGCAGCAGCAGCAGUGACGGUGGUGGUCUGUGGCACUGUGCUGUGCUGCUUGGUAACUGUGCUGUGAUCUUUUGUUAUGCUGUUGUUAGUGAGGCAAGAAUUGUAAAACCAGGAAGAGAGGUGACAAAUUUGAUCAUGAAGAAGGGAGUGAAAAGGAAAAAUUAGGGAAAGAUAUAAAUGAUGAAUUAAGAAGAGAGAACUGAAGUGAUCUCUUUGUAUGGAUUGUAAAGACUAGGAAGCUGUACUAGUAGAGAGGUACAAGAGCAUGGGGACACAAGAGUUGACUUAAGGAAGGUACCAAAGAGAUAUAGAAUAGGAAGUGGAGAUAGGAAUUAUAUCUUUUGAAAGCACAUGUAGGUAGGAAGGCAUUGUGAUUGUCUCUGUACUGAGGAUUGAUGAGAAGGAUGAAGAUAUGAAUGAAUGAUAAUAAGGAAUUGAGGUGAUCUUUUGUAAAAUUUUAGUUUAGUGAAGUAAGCAAAACUAGAAAGAGAAGGUAGGAAUUAGAUCAUUGAAAGACAUAGAUGAUCUUAAGAUUUUGUGUUGCAGUAAUGAACUAGUAAGGUGCUUGUGAAUAGUGUGAAUGAGAGACCAAGAGAGAGAGAGAGAGAGAAAGAGAGAGAACUGAAGUGACAGCAACAUUCUGUCCUCAUACAAAUUCUUUCCUGUGGUGGCAAGACAGAAGCAGAGUGAAACAAAUACACAUUCUGUUCACUAAUGCUGUAUAAUUAGCACAUCACAUGAAAGCUUUAGUAUGCUGGAUAUGGUAAACCUAACCUAAUCUGUGCUGUCUACAAAGCUUUAAAAAGACAAAUGAGUAUAAUGUACAUAAUAUGAAUUCUACAGCCUGAGAACUAUAUGAAAAACAACAUUCUGUUCAUCAGAAAAUAUACACACAGAAAAAAAUUGCUUUAAUUAAAGAAAAUACAGCUGCCAUUAUUGAAAUGUAGCCAUCUGGAGGUGGUAAGUGGCAAAGACAAAGUGCAAUAGGGAAACCAGGUAAGUGUAGAUGUGGAGGCAAGAACACACAGUUGCUCAUGUGCUGAAUAGAAGAUAAUGUGUGUUAAUGUUACCAGCCCUCCACCAACACUUCAUUGUUCAUGGCACCCCUUGAUGGUAUUGUAGUGUAUGUCACUAGAGGAAAGUGUAAAGGCGGCAUCACACGGGAGUAUUUUUCUGGCAAGAUGCUCUGUGAUGCUGGUACUGGCAACUUUUCACUCCUGCUACUGGCAGGUUCAUCACACGAGUGAUAUUCCUGUGCCUCAGUUGUCUCCUCAAACCAUAAAAAACGGGAUCAUGGAUUUACUGAUUAUUCAAGAAAUUAGGCACAGAAAAUGUGUCUGGGCAAAAUAGUGGCUUCAACGCAGAGAAGAAAACGUGUACCACAGACUACUGAAGGAAAUGAGCUUAGACGUAUAUGGCUUCUAUGUCAAGAGGACUCUGCAUCUGGUUCUGGCUUCAUGAAAUAUUCAUUCAACCCAAAGGCCACAUGACACUCAGACCAUCCUGGUACCUCACUAUGAUUUAUCCCAUUGACCUGAGGGAUAAUCCUGCAGGUGCACACAUUGGCUAAGAUCUCCCUCACCAGAUCUCUCUCUCUCUCUCUCUCACUUUUAAUUCAUAUAAUAAUGUAAUUGGUUAUUCGUUUCUUGUUCAAAAUAUCUCAAACGUAUGUGAGCAUUUGUGUGACAGUAUGGCAGUGUUUACAAACAAGAUGCCAGAAGAGUUUGAGGUUCAAGAUUCAAGAGAUAAGGUACCGGAUGAUGCUGGUAGAUGCCGCUGCAGACAUCUAGAUGCUGGGAGAUGCUGGUAAAAGUUCUCGUGUGAGGCCACCUUAAGGAUGGCUAGUGUUUGUGUGGAAACUGUUGUCAUAUGUGAAAAGUGAGGCAAAGUUAUUGUUCUUUUUUUCUUCUUUCAUCACUGUGUGAAUACAAAGACAAAUAUAGACUUUUAUUCUUUUUG